AUGGGAAUGGUGGCUGCUUUAGCAGCGGUUGCUUUUGCCGCCGAAUCCGAUCCAACUCCAGUUUUAACGAAUUUGGGAGGGUUAUCAGUUUUCCCUACCACAUUAAGACCUACAACGCUCAGAUACGACCCUUACCGGUUCUUCAGCGGCAGAGUCACCAGGCCUACCAACGUUGACAAUUCAGGUCGUUACAACCCUGGUAAAUACGACCCCGGUAAAUACGACGCUGGCCGUUACGACCCCGGUCGCUACAACCCCGGUAAAUACGACCAAUCUGGACGUUACAACCCCGACAACUCUGGAGCUUACAAUGGUGACCGUGGUGACCGCGGCAGCGCUGGUGGUUUCUACACCGGUUCCUCAGACAAGGGAGGUCCAGGUGGCCCCGGAGGCCCAGGUGGUGCUUACACCGGCGACAGCGAGCCUAAAGAACCAGUGACAAACGCGGCACCAGCUACCACAGUAGCACCUGUGACUACCGCUGCACCUGUGACUACCGCUGAACCUGUGACUACCGCUGCACCUGUGACUACCGCUGCACCUGUCACUACCGCUGCACCAGUCACUACCGCUGAACCCGUUGUCAUAAUUUCCAGCACUCCGCAAUACGUCAGCUCCACCCCAAUUUAUAUUAGGCCUACACCCAUUUACUACCCAGCCGAACCUAAAAACAACUACGACUACAAAUAUGGUAUCAUCCGUUUCGAAAAGGAACAGCGACCUGAUGGCUACCACUAUCUAUACGAAACUGAGAACAAAAUCCUCGCUGAGGAAUCCGGUAACAUCGAGAAGAUCGACAAUGAACGUGAAGGCAUGAGAGCAAGGGGAUUCUACGAGUACGUUGGUCCAGAUGGUAUCAAAUACAGAGUCGACUACACCGCUGAUGAACGUGGUUUCUUGCCCGAAGGUGCUCAUUUACCUAAGGGAAUUUAUUAA